UUCAUUCACAUCAGGGAGAGCUUCUUCCAGUUAUAGUGAUCCACUCUGCUGCUGCUGCUGCUCCUGCUGCUGCUGCUUAGACGAACAGAACAUCAUUGCUGACAUUUACUUUUAGUUUUUUUUUUUUCUUCGAGAAGGUUUUGUACAAAGUAGAAUCCAGAAUGAGCUUUUUGGUUUGUGUUUUUGGUGUGUUUCUCACUUUAUGUCAGAUUGGGAGGAAUCCUGUUAGUGCUGGGAUGUGCUGGCUGCAGCAAAGUCAAGACCAAAGGUGCGAUAUGGUGCUGAUGAGAGGGGUGACCAGAGAGGAGUGCUGUGCCGGGGGACGUCUGGACACAGCAUGGUCCAACACUAGUCUGCCCAUGAAUGAGGUCAGCCUACUUGGCUUCCUGGGAAUCGUCUCCUGUAAACCCUGCAAAGACACUUGUGAGGGAGUCAAAUGCAGCCCGGGGAAGGUUUGCAAGAUGAAGGCCGGACGUCCUCAGUGUGUGUGCUCUCCAGACUGCUCUCACAUUUCACUGAAGCAUGCUGUGUGUGGCAGCGAUGGGAGGACCUAUAAAGAAGAGUGUGCUCUGCUCAUGGCCCGCUGCAUGGGACACCCCGACCUGGAAGUCAUGUACCAGGGAGAGUGUAAAAAGUCGUGCUCCAACGUGGUGUGUCCGGGUACUCAUACCUGUGUGACCGACCAGACCAACAGCGCUCAUUGCGUCAUGUGCCGCACAACACCUUGCCCAAUACCCAUGCCGUCUGAGCAACCAAUUUGUGGCAAUGACAACAUCACUUACCCCAGCGCCUGCCACCUCCGCCGGGCCACCUGCUUCCUGGGCCGCUCCAUAGGAGUCCGCCACUACGGCCACUGCAACAAUCCCCCAAGGAAAGCGCAUGAUUUCGAAGGCAGUGAGGAAAACGCAGUCUAGACGGACCAUUCCCGAAACAACAGUCUAGGCUGACAAACAAAAACAAAGUGUCUCACCACUACCUUCCAUUAUGACCUCUAUUUUUGACAUUGCCCCUUUUUUUUUUUUUUUUUUUUUUUUUUUUUUGUACAAAGACUAACGAUGCAUUUUCAUACUUGCUAGAAGACAUACAUUAAUGUUACUGCCUCAAGAAAAGUUACCACAACCUAGACAAAGUUUGUAUCAGUCAUGUUAUUUUGGGGAAGUAGAGGACGGAGAAUGCGUAUCGAGAUAGACAUAUCUUGAUCUUUUUUUUGUUUUUGUUUUUUUUUUGGGAGAUGUGUGCAUAUUGUAAAUAGAAUACCACAACUAUUUAUUGGAGAAGGUAUCAAACUCUAUUUAUGUUUUUAUCCUAGUAACAAAUCCAUAUAUCCUUGGGAAAGCUGAUGCAAAAAAAAUGUAUUUAUUGUGUUUUUGUUUAUUGUGUAUGUACGAUUGCGGUCACUUGCGUUGGCAUUUUACAACUUUGUAGAGUUUUUAUGGUCUUCAUUUCCCACAAACAAGUUUUUCUUCAUAAGCUGAUGGAAAGCGUCUCUAAUUUGUUUAUAAAGUCGAUACCACUUUAUAGCCUGCCAGUGUGGUUUUCGUACACCACAAGCAUGAACAGGACAAGCUGCUACAGCUGUACUGUAGCUGUUUUAGCUUUGGUGUGGUGGUGAGGAAGGGGUUCAGCCUAAACAAAUCUGUAUAGUCUCUUUUCCCCUCUCACCCCACGCAAGUUUGCUCUGAACGCUGACCCAAACUCCCGACCACCCGCUGAUCACUACAAUUAACAGUUUUGUUCUGUUUUUUUUUAAGAGUCUCCCAAGACUGUUGGUACAACCCAAAGCCCUCUACAAUACCUCCUCUGUUGAACACUUGGCUUUGUUUUGUAAAUAUAUUUUAUAGGUCACGUUAGUUCAUUCCAGUGCUGUUUUGCUGCUUUGAUUCGAUUGAUUUUUUUUUUCCCUAAGAACUUCUGGACAGACAAAUGUAAUUAGCUUGUUAAAAGUAAAAUUGAAUUUGUCUGGGAAUGAGCCUCAUUUGGGCUAGCUGAACGUAACGGUUGAACUGUCCAAUCUGUCUCGAAUGGUAGGCAGGACGUGAGACAAGUGUGGUACCAAUCCCAUUCAGGAGCUCAUGCAUCAUUUUAGAAAGGAGGUACCACUCGAUUAUACCGCUAUGAGACAUUUGUCAUUCAUUUGUUAAUUGAUAAUGCUUUAGAUAAAUAUACAAACAGCCAAUUCCAAAUCACCAGGUGAUCCGAGGCAGACGUUUCAAUACUGGAAAAUCAGUGUAAUGAACCACAGAGAUUCUCUUGUAAAUAACAGACUCAUAUGUACCUACUUGUGUACCUACUGUGAAAUUUGAAUGAUAAAUACUUCAACAUAUUUUUGUAUUUUUGUACUGCCGUUUCAAACAACAUAAAGUUUAAUAUUUGUCAUAA